GAACCGGAAGAAAACCAUCGCCAGUUGUAGAACAAUCCUCCAUGGCGGUCGAGACUGUGGAGAAGAAAGCUGGUGCUGGGGGGAAGGUCAGGAAGCUCAGGGGUGACGCCAGCAAGGUCACUGUCAAGGGCGCCGGACUUAAGAAGGCUGCGGUUAACAGGCCGCUGAACUUCACCAUCGAUGUCAAGGACGCAGGCAACGCUGUUCUGUUUGUGGGAAUGAUUUCCCCCAGCGGCACCCCGGUAGCUGAACUGAGCAUCAAAAAGACAACCCAGACUUCAUAUACGGUGACCUAUAAGGUUCAAGAGGUUGGCGAGCAUGUCCUACACGUCAAAUGGGGCGACGACGAAGUUCCGGGAAGUCCAUUCGUGAUCAGCACAUGA